UUGCAGAGGUAUACAAAAUUAAACGCCGGAGCCACGCUAUUCUUUGUCGACGAAGACAGAAAUUGAACAGAAAGAGGAAAUGGGGGUUAGGGCUUUUUUGCGCGCCAAAACUAAAUUACUUUUGGCGGCUACUGCAGUAGCUGGCGCCGGUGCCGGUGCCGGUGCCAUUGCCACCUCCGACGACCCGGCUUCAGCCUUCAAACUCGCCACCGCCGUUCCCCUCCGCCUCUUCCGAGAUGCCGCCACCGCCGCCUGCAUCGUGUAUGAUUAUGAAUACUCACUCUGGGGGUUGCCUGAGGGAAGCAAAGAAAGGGAAAGAGUUAAACGUGAAGUUCAUUCCAGAAGUGCACUUAAGCUGCAAGAGCUUUGCUUUAGAAAUGGUGGGAUCUACAUCAAGCUAGGUCAGCAUAUUAGUCAGCUGGAAUACUUGGUGCCUGAUGAAUAUGUACAGGUAAUGAGACAUUCAAUGUUGAAUAAAUGCCCCGUUUCAUCAUAUGAGCAGGUUCUUAAAGUUUUCAAGAAAGAGCUUGGUGGGGCACCUGAUGAAAUAUUUGAUGAAUUUGAUCCUGUUCCCAUAGCAAGUGCUUCUUUAGCACAAGUUCACAUUGCCCGAACUCAUGAUGGACAACAAGUUGCUGUGAAGGUUCAACACACUCACAUGACAGACACUGCAGAAGCUGACUAUGCAACUGUUGAGUUAAUUGUGAAUGUUUUACAUCGCCUCUUUCCUUCUUUUGAUUACAGGUGGUUGGUUGAUGAAAUGCGGGAGAGUUUACCUAAGGAGUUAGAUUUCUCGAAUGAGGCCAAAAACAGCAUAAAAUGCAUGGAAAACUUUCGGAGGUUCUCUCCGCAUAUUGCAGAAUAUGUUUAUGCUCCAAAAGUGUAUUGGAACUUGAGUACCUCCAAGUUGUUGGUGAUGGAAUUUAUUGACGGAGUACAAGUAAAUGAUUGUAGGGCCAUUCAGAAGCUAUGUAUUCAGCCGAGUGAUGUUUCAAAGCUGCUUAGUCAAGCUUUUGCUGAAAUGAUGUUUAAGCAUGGCUUUGUGCACUGUGACCCACAUGCUGCCAACGUGCUGGUUCGUCCUUUGCCUUCUGGAAGUAGGAGUAUUUUUGGAAAGAGAAAACCACAGUUGGUAUUGCUGGACCAUGGUUUAUACAAGGAUCUUGACGACACAAUGCGAUUAAAUUAUGCUUCACUGUGGAAGGGUUUGGUAUUUUCUGAUGCAAAUGCAAUCAAAGAAAACAGCACUAAAUUAGGUGCUGGUGAUGAUCUUUAUGUACUGUUUGCUGGCAUUCUUACUAUGAGGCCUUGGAAUAAAGUCAUCGAUCCAGCUGUGGAUCACCUGGUUGUCAAGGGCACUGAUGGCGAUCGUUCAGAACUCCAGAUGUAUGCUUCGCAAUACUUUCCUCAAAUUACUGAGCUCCUGGGGAGACUCCCCCGUGUUAUACUUCUAAUGCUAAAGACAAAUGAUUGCUUACGAGCAGUCAAUAGAGCACUGAUGGAAGGAUCAUCUGUUGAGACAUUUUUGAUUGUGGGAAGAGUUUCUUCCGAAGCAGUUAUCGAAUCAAAAUUUUUGCACAGCAAGUCCAUCCUAUCCCGGCUUCAUGUUUGGUUUGAGGAAUUUCUCUCAGAGGCUCGGUUGUUCGGUUUGCAGUUUGCAGUGUGGCUUUUGAAAUUUCAGAAAGCUUUGACGCUGUGAGAACCAGUCCACACUUUCUCAUUCUUUGAUCCAUCUGAGACACCAUGGUUUUUCAACCUUAUAUAUUCUUUGCAUUGCCGCCAGUUUCUUUAAAACCGUCUCAAUACUUUUAUGAAUCCACAUUUCGAUAUUUGUCCUUGCAAUGCCACUAAAUCCAGUGAUAUAAUUAUUGAAAAUUUUCUGCAACAUUUGGUCCUUGAAAGACAAGAGGUGCCACUCUCCAAGUAUGUAUCAAUUAAACAGAGAGGCUUUCAUCUCCUGGAGUUGUCAUUAUCAAGAAGCUAUGGUACAUUCCAGUCUCACUCAACAUUGAUUGAUAUGAUGAUUAUGAUCUCUCCAUAUUGAGCUUUUUUUGAUUA